AUUUAAUUCUGUUCCUGUCUGAGACAUGAUGGAUCUGCGUGUCUCUGUUGUUCUUCUGUUCAUUUUUCUCACUGGAGGAUACUCUCUCAAGUGUUACACGUGCUCAUCUGCUCAAGGGGGCACCUGUGAAGCAAAAGUGCAGAUAUGUGGAGAUGGAUUUUCCAAAUGUCAAACCCAAACAAUAGAACAAUCCAUUGGUUCCACUAAGGUGUCCAUCAAAACUAAACAUUGUGCACUUACAUGUGAAGCUGGGACCCAACAGCUCCCGACUGGAGGGACUGUAACUACCCACUGCUGUGACACUGACCUCUGCAAUGCAGCAGAUGGCGUGUAUAAGGGAAGCUUCCUCCUGCUGUUGUCUCCUCUGCUCUUCUACUUCCUGUUUCAGUGAAUCCUUCUGCACUUCAGAUUCUACAGCUGCAGCAGAAACUGAAUGUCACACGUUUCUAGUCCUACUUUACUUAAUAAAGCUUGUUUUGUUAGUCUGCUGUUCUUUAGUAUCAUGAUUUGAGGAACGGAAAAUCUGUAUUUUAUUAAACGCAUUAAACAAAAU